UGUGGGUUCCAGGCUUUCCUGCAAGCAGUGCAUUUCCAUAGACUUUUAAGUUUGAAUGGAGAGGGGGAUGAAGUGGGCUUAGGUUUUGUUGAUGGAUUAGUAACUUUGAUUGUAUAUUUAGCUUUAUCUGCCGACAGAAAACUCAGGCCAUAAAGGGUUACUUUCACUGAGACAGCUUAGCAACACAGCAGUACUCCACUCUUUCUUUCCUUCCUUCCUUUGCUUUCUUUAAUUUCUUUCACUUUCUCAUACUUUCCCUUACUCCCUCUCCCUCUCAUUUCUCUUGGAGGGUUAUUGUUAGUUUCAAACAUUCCCCUUUCUUGGCCAUGGAUUUUUGCCGGAAUGCGACAGUUUCCACUGAGUAUCACCAGCAAGAGAAGGUCCUUGCUUCCCCUCCUCCUUGCUCUAAACUUGGUGCUGCUGCUGCUGCUUUGACAGCUACUACUAGUCCUCUUGAUGACCCUUUCUCUGCUCAAAACACGGAAGUUGAUUUUAGCUCGGAAUGGCUGUCAGUAUUUGUAGAGGACUGCUUGUCCAGCACAGGAAACUACCUCCCAGCACCCACAGUUGAAGCUCAAAAGCCAAAUACAGAAGAAAACCCCCCAAAAAACUGGCAACGGAAACCCCAAGACCAAGAAGACCCAUCUUCCUUGAAGAAACUUGUAAUCCCAGGAAAGUCAAGAAGCAAGAGGAGAAGGCUUCCUGGUGACAAGACCAGAAACCCAUUAACUAGCUGGUGUUAUACCAACCAAGCCUUUAAUAAUUUGACCAGCUCAGACCCUCCUUUGCUUCAGCAAACAUAUUGGCUAGCUGACAGUGAACUCAUUAUGCCCAUAAAAGAGGACAGCAACAACACAGACAUGGAUAAUGAAGUGCAAGAAGAAUCAGGAGUGGGAGUGCACGACGAGGACAUAGGAAAGGUAGUAGCUGUAGUAGGGAGUAAUGGUAGCAAGGACAGUUUAGGCGUUUUGGAAAGCAACAAUGGACAGCAGCAACCAAGGAGGUGCACCCAUUGCCUAGCACAAAGGACCCCACAAUGGAGGGCAGGACCACUGGGUCCAAAAACACUUUGUAAUGCAUGUGGAGUGAGAUACAAGUCAGGCAGGCUAUUGCCAGAGUAUAGGCCAGCAAAGAGUCCUACUUUUGUGAGCUAUUUACACUCGAAUUCUCACAAGAAGGUAAUGGAGAUGAGAAUGGCUGGCUUUAAUACCUAGUUACCAGUAGUAGCAGUAACUCCGAAAUUCCAUUUUCCAAUGUAUACUAGAAAAGUAUAGUCCCAUAGAUGCUGAAUCAAAUUAUUAGCUAGUAAUGCAGUGAAUUCCUUUUUUGUUGAAGGAUUAUUUAUCUACACAAGUGGUAUGGGAUUCCCUUGCAAUCUGGCUCUGCAGGGUGCUUUCUACAA